UACUGACGGAUAUCUCCCCAUUCAAUUCGGAUAGUGUGUAGCUAGUAGUAGUAAGAAGGUUACGUUCAUGGUUUUUAACUUAAAAUCUUCAAAACAUCGCCCGUGAAAACGGCAGGCAUCGGUACCGGUUUUAUUCUGCGAAUAAAUCACUGCACGCUCGCGGAGGUUCCUUUGCACAGGUGAAACAACCAUUUUCCGCAUUGGUGGAGGAUUGCAUUGGGAUAUCAUCAGCUGAACGGGUCGAUUGAUAUUGGUGUGACUGACCCGGUCAGGAGCCUACUGCCCUGAGAGGCUCUCUGGAUCUCUACCUCUUAGGCUGCGUCCCCCAUCCCCACCUACCCAGGCCUGCGCUACAGUACCCCCUCCCCCACCCCACCGUGGGACUUUGGAGCAUCAUCCUAGCCUGGAACACGUUAAGACUGCUAAGUGAUGAGCGAGUUCUGGUUGUGUUUCAACUGCUGUAUUGCAGAGCAGCCCCAGCCGAAGCGGCGGAGGCGCAUCGACAGGAGUAUGAUCGGGGAGCCCACUAAUUUUGUCCACACAUCCCACGUGGGAUCGGGAGACAUCUUCAGUGGCAUGAACUCGGUGAACUCCAUUCAAAACCAAAUGCAGUCAAAAGGUGGAUACGGCGGAGAGACCAUGCCUGUGAACGUGCAGCUGCAACUGGUGGACACAAAAGCAGGAUAACAUGGAGGGGCAGCUUCACGGUUCCUUCAUGUUGAUGUUUUUCAUCCUGGUCUCCAUGUCUGCCUUCAGUGACUGCGUCCCUCAUCCUCCCUCCCCAAUAUUGGACUAGGGGAUGAUGUUCGCCUCCUGUCCUUCCGCUCUCUGUCCUCUUUGCUCCUCCCAAUGAGCCCACUAUCGACCCCCCCUCUCCGCCUCAGCCCUCUCAACUCUCCUCGCGCCACAAAUACAUGGACAGUUUUUGUCACGCCAUUGGAAUGAGGCUGCUCCCCCCCCUCUGCCUGUCUGUCCAUCCGCCCAUCUCCCACGGAGGACGACAGUCAAAAGGACAGCAGCGCUUCAGUUUUAGUGUACCUCACCCUUCCAACUUAAGCCAGACGCAAAAAGCAUGAUCCUCAUCUCUACAAGUUCAAAGUGUAACACGCUUCUUCUCUUCAAAUUAUUAUUUUUUGAUGUGAGUUUUUUUUUGGGGUGGGGGGGGGGGGCUGUGGGGUUUUGUCAAUUCAGUGUUUAAAGGUCUGGAACCUACAAGUACAAAAUGUAGAUUUUUGUUUUAUUUUUAUUAUUAACAUAUUUCUUUUUAUAUAUAUUUUUGUCUGGUUUGGCGGUCAGAAUGGUGGGUGACCACGUUUGUGAAAAGUGGCUUGCUAUGGCCCUUGGGUGCCAAAAUGUCUGUAGAGCAUAUGGAAUUAUAGUUUUUCUCCUGACAAGAAGUAUUUUUUUUAGUUUUUUUUUUUGACUGCCUCAAGUGAAUUCCACUCCAAUAGGAAAUGUGAUUGUUACUUCGCUGUUGUUUACAUCGUUCCAGUUCCCAUUCCUUGUCUUUAUUUUCAUGAUAAUUGUUCAAUAGAACAAUAACUGAUGUUGAAAUGGCAUGAACUGGCAUUUCACUCGACAUUCUACUGUAAAUGUUUUGGUAAACUUGAUUUCAAUAAGCCUGGGCUAUAUGAGUAUAUGCUGUGCAGUAAAAUGUGAAGAGCUAUAGCUAUGUGGUACAGUUCUGGCUACUGGUGGUACAGUUCUGGCUACUGGUGGUACAGUUCUGGCUACUGGUGGUACAGUUCUGGCUACUGGUGGUACAGUUCUGGCUACUGGUGGUACAGUGCUGGCUACUGGUGGUACAGUGCUGGCUACCGGUUGGUACAGUGCUGGCUACUGGUGGUACAGUGCUGGCUACUGGUGGUACAGUGCUGGCUACUGGUGGUACAGUGCUGGCUACUGGUGGUACAGUGCUGGCUACUGGUGAACUAGCUACAGGACUAGCUACUGGUGGUUAAGGACUAGGUACUGGUGUGGGUAACAGAAUCUAUAAAGCAUUCAAUGUUGCAAUCUGGCAUCGAGGCGAACCCAAACUCAAAGUAGUCUGUAAAAGCUUGACCAUGUGGCCGAGUUCAUGAACUCAUGCACAUUCUAAGAGUAAAGAAUAACUUAUCAAAGCAAAUGUUAUCUUUUGUCUAUGAAAUGACUUGGGGUCAUUGAAGAUGCCUAGACAACUCCAAUGUUUGUGCAAAACAAAGGACAGUAUGAUUACCAUUGACACACAGGUUGACAUCCUACUGUUUAGCUCCAAGACAUUUUGUUCAGGUUCAGAGGCAUAUUUUCCAUUAUUUUAAACAUGACGCGUGUAUGAUAUUGCACUGGUGUUGUAAAUGGUUUGGGGUAGGAUAUAGUGUGGCCUAAUAUAGGGUGUAGUCUAUGGUUUGGGGUAGGAUAUGGUGUGGUCUAAAAUAGGGUGUAGUCUAUGGUUUGGGGUAGGAUAUGGUGUGGUCUAAUAUAGGGUGUAGUCUAUGGUUUGGGGUAGGAUAUAUGGUGUAGUCUAUGGGUUGGGGUAGGAUAUAUGGUGUAGUCUAUGGUUUGGGGUAGGAUAGGGUGUAAUCUCUAUGGGUUAGGGUAGGCUAGAGUGUAGUUUGUAUGGGUUAGGGUAGAAUAGGAUGUAGUCUCUGUGGUUUAGCAUAGGCUAGGGUGUAAUCUCUAUGGGUUAGCGUAGGCUAGGGUGUAGUCUCUAUGGGUUAGGGUAGGCUAGGGUGUGAUCUCUAUGGGUUAGGGUAGGCUAGGGUGUAGUCUCUAUGGGUUAGCGUAGGCUAGGGUGUAAUCUCUAUGGGUUAGGGUAGGCUAGGGUGUAGUCUCUAUGGGUUAGCGUAGGCUAGGGUGUAGUCUCUAUGGGUUAGGGUAGGCUAGGGUGUAGUCUCUAUGGGUUAGGGUAGGCUAGGGUGUAGUCUCUAUGGGUUAGGGUAGGCUAGGGUGUAAUCUCUAUGGGUUAGCGUAGGCUAGGGUGUAGUCUCUGUGGGUUAGGGUAGGCUAGGGUGUAGUUUAUGGAUUUAGGUAGAAUAGGGGGUAGUCUAUGGGUAGGAUAGGGUGUAGUUUAUGGAUUCGGGUAGGAUAUUUUAAGAAUUUUAACAAGCUGUAGAACAUAUUCAAAAUCAAAAAUUAAGUCUUCAAAAAGUCCUUUAAUUUAUCAAAUUAAUAAUUUGUUUUCAAUUGAUGCCUCUUGUCAUGGUUGAAAAUGUAAAUAAUGAAAUAGGGGUUUGGUUCACUUAUUUGGAUUAAAACUAAUACCAGUAUUGAUGAGGAAAGAAGAGUCACUGGGCCUCGAACUCAUCUGAUAAAAGUAUCACACUGAUUGUUGUCGGUCCUUCCCUCAAGUGCUUUGCUUGUAUAUACCAUAUUCCUUGUGUGCCACAACCUACCUGAGGUAUUCUAAUUUAUUGUUUGUCUUUUGUAACUUUUUUGUACUCUAGUUUCUUUCAGAUUGAUUGGAAUGUUCAACCCCCCCAAAAAAAUUCACUUGUGAUAAAUAAUUGUGGUAAUAUUUAUUCACCAUUAUUAGAAAUGUACUGGACUUGGGGAGGGAGGGGGGGGGAGAGAGAGAGAGAAGUUUUCCCAAAUACUAAGUCUAAAUGAGAAUGUCAUACAGUGUUUUGUGACAACUGAAAAGCACAAGAGAGUGAGUGUGUGUGUGUGUGUGUGUGUGUGUGUGUGAACAAUAUGAAGUUUGCAAUACAAUGCGAGUGUCGGCCAAAGUGGUAUUGACCAGGGUACGUCCGCAUGAAUUUACUCAGCCAAUGCUCACCACAAAUGAAUUUCAACAUCAGGGAAUUCACUCUGCUCAGUAAUGUUAAUUUUUUUGUUGUUGUUUUACAUAUCUGAUUUUUUUUUUUUUUGUACAAUUCCAUCCCUCAUGAAUUGACAUCCAGUGUUGGCUUGUAGAUUACCAAAUGUCUUCGGUUGAAAUAAAUAUUUUUUUUUCCAUGUUA